AAUUUCAAUUAAAAGCCCUGUCCAAUUGUCCACAAGUGAUAAGUCCAAGAAUUAAAAAAUAGGUUUGGAGGCUUGGAGCAUAAUUUCCGUCCUCAACUCGUCACUCCCCUGUCUUCCUCGAUUCCUCCAAAUCUCUGCCGCCCAAGUGCCCAACAAUAAGGAGAUUAAGAGGAGUCAAAUUAGCUGCUCAAGUGAGAUGAAGAAUAUGUGGAGCAUUUCCAUCUACUAACCAGCAAGGGAUUGGCCGGUUUCGGAUUGGCGGGAUUGCCGCAGGUCUUCUUCAGCAUUCUAACAUUAUUUUGACGGUUUUCAUCUAUUAAGGGGACACUCGUUGGAGUUCUCAUUUCAGAUCUAUCUCGAGCUUGAUGAAGAUGUUUAGUGCAACAUGUGAAGUUCUGAUAAAUGUUAUUGAGGAUGGGACUACACAUGCUCAACGUGGAGAUGCUGAUGCUGCUUAUGAGGUGCUAACUUCGUUUGAAUUUGUCUUCAUUUUGCAUCUCAUGCGAAACGUUUUAGAGAUUUCUAAUAUGCUUUGUCAAGCUUUGCAACUUCAGUCUCAAGAUAUCCUAAAUGCAAUUCAUCUUGUGUCGUCAACUAAAAUUCUCAUUCAAAAGUUACGAGACGAUGGAUGGGAUGAAUUAAUUGCAAAUGUGAAGGCUUUCUGCGAAUCUGUCAAUAUACCUGUGUUGGAUUUUAAUGCUUUGCAUAUCGCAAGAAAGGGGAGAGCCCGACAUCAAAAAGAUAAGUUGACAAUUGGAGAGCAUUACAAAUUCAACAUUUUUCAUGAGGUGAUUGAUACCCAACUCUCUGAAUUGGAGAGCAAGUUUAAUGAGAAAGCAAUUGAGUUAUUAACGCUUAGCACGACACUUGAUCCAAAAGAGAUGCGCAUAUCAUUCAGAAUUGAUGACAUCUGCAAAUUGGUGGAGAAGUUUUACCCACAAGAUUUUGAAGAAUAUGAGAUGUUCCAAUUGAGAGUUCAGUUUCAGCAUUUUGAGCAUGUUUGCCAACUUCCUGAAUUCGGUGCAUUGGACUCUAUUUCUGAUCUAAGUCAGUGGUUGAUAACAACUAGAAAAUCAGACAUCUACCCGCUUGUAUACAGAGUCGUAACUCUCAUUAUUACACUUCCAGUAUCUACAGCUACUACGGAGCGAUCUUUUUCUGCUAUGAGCAUCAUGAAGACUACCCUUCGAAACAAGAUGGAAGAUGAAUAUCUUACCGAUUGUUUGUUGGUGUACAUUGAGAAGCAAAUUGCAAAAAAAUUUAGUGUGGACUCUCUUAUAGAUGAUUUCCGUGACAUGCAGGAGCGACGUUCUAAAUUUUAACUCUCAAGACGUUUAGUUAUGUGUUUUUGAAUGUUUUAAAUGAAUACUACUACCUUAUUUAAUGUUUAUUGCUUUUGUAUUUUUUCAUUUCACCUCGCCCCCCCCCCCCCUCGCUCAUAUCCUGGC